AUGCCGCAGCGGUCGCACGUCCCGCUCGCAUCACCGUCUCCGCUGAACGCACCACCGCCACUGACAUCACGACCAGGGCCAGUGAACUACUGUGGAGCGCACGCAGAACCCGCAGCUGGCCUCAACUACACUCACCACGAUGACCACCGCAGCGUCUUCCGUGACCAAGCUAGUUGCGAUCCGUCUCCAUCGCAGCGCGCGCUGCACCAACAGCAGGUGCAUCGCCCUCGCGCGGUAUCCCCUGGCCCGCAUGACGGAUCAGCGCCACAUGUGUCUGCGCUAGUCGCACGCGGCGCUGUCAUCCGCGCCGAUGAGCUGGAGACCAUCCUGGAUGAGCAGAACUACAUAUGGCAGAUGGAGGAGUACCGCUUCCGCACUGAGCGGCAAAAGCGUCUCACCGCACUGCAGCACCGCCAGCACGAGCUGAUGCUCGAGUCGGCCCGGUAUGACCAGGCCGUGGCCGAGGUGGAGCGGCAGCUUGCGCGCGAGCGGCAAAGGCUGGAAGAGCUGCGGCAGAUGAUGGCACGCAACGCCACAACAUCUUGCUCGCCGAUUGACCGUGAGCACGGUUUGCAGGACCCACCUACUGCCAUGAGCGACGCACCGCAUGUGAUCGCGAGGAAUUCUUCUGCCAUGCAUCACGGCCAAGCUCGUGAUCACGCCUACAGCGCUCCACACGACGCACCGUACUUCCCCACAGGUGCUUCCGACGGCUUGUCGGCAAUGAACGAGGAGGAGGUGAUAGCCGAGGUCUAA